UUUUUUUUUUUUGGGUACAAUAGUCAUAUUGGUGCCAUUCUUUCAUGACCCUGCCUUUACAAGUGACUGGUGAAAUCAAGUCGUCCUCUAAGGAUCUCACCUACAAACCUCCACCGCCCACAACAACAUCACCGGUCCCUUCUACAGUAACAGCAACUGCUAUUCUUACACCACCAACACCAGCAAAAGCAUCAACAACAAAAGAAGCUUUCUCAUUUCCAUUUCUAGUCAACGAACUUUUAAGAAAACAAAGGCUUAUUCUUUCUUGGUCAAGUCUUCGGUUAGUGAUCAUUCGUGGAAUCUAUCCCUCAUCUUCUUUCUUGACUGCUCCUGGCGCUACUUCUUUACCACCAUUAUUAUCAACCUAUACUGCUAAACCAACAACUGUCGAUCCACCAGCAGCAACACAACUCAAUUCAGUUAUUGAUAAAACAAACUUAAUAGAAACUCCAUCAAUACCCAUUUCAACAAUGACUCCCGUUAUACAGACAAUGACAUCCAUGGAACCCUCAAUGUCACCAAUGGAUCUCACUUUGGCAAAAGAACAAGUGGGAACGACAGUAGCAACAACUUCAACAGCAGAAGUACCCAUACUGCCAACUAAAGUCAGUACUUGUACCCCAACACCAACUGAAUUCAAAGCGAAAGAUACUACCACAACUCUUUUACCAUCUCCAACGGAAACAGAUUCAUCUUCAGUAUCAUCCUUCAUGUCAACACAAGAUUCACCAACAACAUUACAAGCAGUUACUCCACAACCAUCAGUAGAGUCACAGACACCAGGGAAAGACAUUGAAACAUCAAUAGAGGACCCAGAAACAAUGGAUACUCCAACAGGAAUAGCAACAUUAGACACGUUGCCAAUGUCAGUGGAUUCCUCAUCAUGGAAUAAUGAUCAAAGCUUAGAUACUCUGUCAGCAUAUACAACAACAACGGAAGAAGCAGUAAAUUCAAAUACAACAUUAGUGGAAUCUACAUCAACAGAUUCGACUCCUACAUCUCCCAAGUCACACAUUAGAAAGCAGCAUCAAUAUGUGAUGGAUAUGGAAAUGGAUGAACCAGCCGAUAGUCUACCUUUACUAGAAGCAUGCAUCUCAUCAUCACCAACAACGACAGAUCCAACCUCGUUAUUACCAACUCCCACACUCAAUAACGAAAUAUCAUCAUCAUACAACUUACAACCCAGGCCUAGCUCUCCUGUCGAUAGUACUGCAUCCUUGCCUCGACCCAACAAUAGUUUAUCAUCCAGCAAAAGUACUACAUCUUCUAACAAGCUCAAUUCAUAUUCACCCUUACCAGGAGGCCGUUCAUCCCCUGUCCAUAGCAAUAAGCCAUUACCACGACCAUCUUCAUCAAUUCAAGCCAAUAAUACUAGCCCACCACGGAUUAGAAGUAGUAAUUCACCCAUACUACCAAAGCGAAAUUCCAAGUUACCAAUACGUACAUCGUCAUCCACUCCAUCAGGUUUAUUAUCAUCAAAGCGAUCAUCUACAACAUCAAGAACGAGCGACAAACGACGGGCAAUUCCUUCUCUUUUCUCGUCUAGUCCUACAAGUUCUUCAGCGAACUCAAUCCAGUCUGAAAAUGACAACAAUGCAAAAGACAACGACUUUAUUUUGGAUAAUAUUGUAUCACAAUCUUCAAUACCACGAAGAUCAGCAACAUCAGCCCAACGAGGAACGUUGUCCUCCAGCAAACCGAGUCGUCAAACCUCAUCAUACGCUAGUACCAAAAAAACAAAUAGCAAGUUAUUGACAACUAUGGAUCAUAUCAUGGUAGCACCAACCGUCGGUGAAAAUGAUCAAGAAGACGAAGAGGAACGCCCUAAACCAAUCUCGCGAAAGGAAAAAAUGGCACGACAAUUGAAACGAGCAGAACAAAUCAAGUUAUAUCGGGUACGUGAAGCAAGAGAGGAACGUGAAAUAAGACUGGCAGCUCGUAAGAAAAUCAUUGGAUCAUCAUCAAGGAUGGGUAGUCAACAAGAAAGUGGAAAAAAACAACAGGGAAAUGCUGUAGAUGUCAUGGCAGAAAAAUCAAAGAAAAAUGUGAAAUUUAAUCUCAACAGGAACCGUGUAUGGAAAAUCCAAGAUACUCCUUCAUCCAUCUCGACUUUACCUAGCAAACACCAUAGCAAUUAGUUAGGAACUUUUAGAUUCAUUUUUUUGCAUAUGCUAUCUAGCUUCAUUCUUUUGAUUUAGAUCUAUUUAUAUAUAUACAUGUUUAUUUUUGAAUAAAUAAAAAGAAACGUUUACCUCUUAGUUUUUUUU